ACAGAUCCGAGCAAAUCAACCCUCUCUCUCUCUAGGCUCAACAAUGGAUCGGAGCAGAAGUUCCUCUGUCACCUACCUAAUCAUCAUCUCUCUUCUAUCUCUCCACUACGCGGUUACCGAUGGAGCCCCGGGAGUUUACUUCCUCGAUGGUUCGGCUCACCAAUAUGUUCGUCCGUCUUCGUCUGAUGAGACUGCUUCCUUGUCGCUUCCAGAAGUAGGCGCUGCUGUGUCAGUCUUACUCGGUUUUGCACCUCCAGCUACCCUUUCAGCUGAGAGUUCAUUUAAGUUAAAUGAGGUACUUGCACCUAAUCCCUUUGAUAGACCUCGCACUGUUUUUUUGCUAGAAGUCACCAGAGCUGAAGGGUCGCAAUUUUUGGAUGGCACAAAGGAGUUCUUAAGUGGCACCCAUAGGAGAGACAUUCUUGGCAAUACAAAUAAUGCUGACAUUCAACUUCCAGGUGAUGAGGAAGUAUCUGUGCUCUCAUUGAAUGAGCCCUUGAAUUUGGAUUCAGAGGCUGAAUUAUCGGAGAAAGAACUAAGUGAUUUUGCAUCGUGGCUGGGCGGCUCAUAUGUUACUGUUGCUGGAGAACCAUUGAUGGGGGAACUGACUAUCCCUUUGGAGAAUGAAGCUGAAUUAAAAUUUGACUUGUCCAAAACAGCAGUGAAAGAGUUUAUAAGAAGCCUUAUCUUACUCACCUACAAUAGUCAAAAGGCAAAGGAGCUGCAUCAUGAUUUGUCUGGAAGUGAAAAAAGUAUAGCUGAGCUAAUUACUGGAAGAUUCAAUGCCAUUGAGGCAAUGAAAAGCAAUGAUGGAAUAGAAAAUGUUGCACAUGCUGUUAGAUUGUCUGUUCAUGUAAUUUCGAAGAUAUUUAAUUCAUUACGUGACGCAUAUAAAGGUGAAAUUGUUGGAGUCAUUGUCUGCAAUCCAGCAUCUGAGCCAAUGCUGAACUUAAUCUUUGAUUCUCGACCAUCUGCACGCUGGCUGGAGGAAACAAAAUCCUUAAAAAAUGCCACUCUUGCUAAAGAAGCUGAGAAAUUGGUUAGAAAAACAGUAGCAUGGACCACGGGAAUCAUGCUUAUAAUUGCAACUCUUUUAGGGAUUUACUUUCUUCUCAACAUGCCUCUCACAAGGGACACACUUCUCUAUUCUAAUGUCAAGCUCGACUAAGGUUUUACCAGUGCUGCAUUCAAUCACUGGGAGAUUGAAGAUGUGGUCAGAACCCUGGUAUAAGAUAUUUGUGAUGCGUCUGUUACUCCUAUUUCUCCUUUGAAAUGUCCAUCACUGUUAAAAAUAAAAUGAUGGCUGGUUAAUUAUGCUUGUAAACUUCCGGGAAGUUGGCGUGUGAUAAAUGUUUCUGAUCAGGUUGUAGGUGGCAACUGGCAAGAGGUAAGAGGUUAGAGGAGAGAAACUCAAUUGUUUUCCUUUUCUCCGUUGUGUCGUAUUAGUUAGCUUAUGGUUUAAAUUUAUAUUGUCUUUGUAAUGUAAUUUAGAAACAAAAUAAUUUUUUUAAAAAUUGGAGAUGGAUGGAUACCUUUUUUCAAUCAAUAAAUGGUGCCUUUCCUUUUGCCCUGA